AUGGCGGGCAUGUUUGGAGAACUCGGUUUUAUUGGCUUGGACGCUCUGUCAUUGCUUCCCUUCACCAAACCAAUGCUAAUCAAGGCAUGGAGGGGAAAUAACGCCGGCGCAGCUCAUCUGUCGCUCCCUCGCCUGAUGUACUGGGUGGUGACCACAUCCGCCUAUGUGCGGGCCAUGCCACUCGUCGGAAGUUCGGGAGCGACAGUCGAGCCCGUCGUCCAGUCAAUUUUGGCGUUAAGUAUUGUUUACACAGUCAAUAUGUUGGCAUUUAUCUGGUCUUCAACUUUCUGGCAUUUGUGUCUCAAUAUAGCGAAAGCGAAAGGCCGGCAUCUAUGUCGUCCACGUAAUGCGAUCAAAACCGAAAACAUGCCGGAAUACCUGCAGCCGAUGCGAUCGUAUUGCUGCAACUUGAGCGCUUUCAACUGGGCUGAUGCAGGCCGCAUCACGAAUUGGGCUGACAACGCCACGUUAAUGCCACUAGCGGAGGAUUUCUUGCCCUAUCGCGGGCGAUCCGUCAACGGCAUUUGCCCCUUCUCUUGGACUAUUGAAGGGAUUGUUCCUACAGCGCAAACGGCUGCCAACAAUUACUCCCGUUUUCUUGGCGUGAGUGUCACCACAUUGACAUCUGCUUGUCCUGACAUUGUCAACAAACUUGACAUUAGUGAGGCGGGGGGCUGCAGGACAUGUCAAUGGUGCGGCAGUAGCCUGAGUCUUGAGGUGGCAACGGAGAUGGGUGUCUGA